GUAAUUUUUAAAAAAAAAAAAAAUUGCCCGUAACACCCCUGGCUAUUGGGAAAUGGCAUAAAGAGAAACAAAUAAAAAACGAAAAAUAAAUUCAACUUUGCAAUUUGCAAGAAGUUGAGGGAGAUGAAUGCAAGUUGAGCUUGAGUUCCCUCACAUGCACGACAUAGCUUGACCUUACCUGGCAGGUGAACAGCUUUAUAAGGAGGGCAAAGGAGUAGCCAGCUCUGUAGCAUUGAUUGAACCUUCCAAAAGCCCAACUUUCUUUUUGAGUUUUGAGCACUUUGAUAAACUGUUUGAUGUCCCCCAUUCUAUGUUAGCUCUUCAUCUCCAAGCUUGAAGCAGUGCAAAAUGGAUUCAUCAGCAUCUGGAAUUGUGAGGGCAAAGUCAGAACAGCUAGAGGCGGCGACGGUUAUGUCGCUCAGUCGAACGGCAUCAGCUGAGGCAAUAACAAUACCAGAGAUCAACAUUAGUAGUGGGCUGAGUCUUCCUGCAAAACCGCCUAGCGGCGGAAAGAAGCUGGUUGGGACCUCACCUGGAAGGAAGAGUAGUAAUCACCAUGUAAGGAAAUCAAGGAGUGCACAACUGAAGCUUGACCUGGAGGAUGUCAGCAGUGGUGCAGCACUCAGCCGAGCUUCCAGUGCUAGCUUAGGCUUCUCCUUUGGCUUCACCGGCUUCAACGUCCCUCUUGAAGACACCAUUGCUGGUCUCAGGCAUUCCAGUGAUGAUGAAAAUGCAGUAGACCUAGAGGCUGGAGAGAAGAAGAAAAGGAUGAUAUUGGAACCCACCUUGCCGAUUUAUCUCAAGUUUUCAGAGCUUAAAUACAAGGUAAUCCUCAAAGGCGUUACAAGAAGCACUGAGAAAGAUAUCCUUAACGGAAUUACAGGUUCAGCAAGCCCAGGGGAGGUCCUAGCUCUCAUGGGGCCUUCUGGCAGUGGGAAGACGACCCUCCUCAGCCUACUUGGUGGAAGGAUUAAUGGAAGCACAGUUGAAGGGUUAAUUACUUACAAUGAUGAAAGUUACACCAAAUCACUAAAACGCAGGAUAGGGUUUGUGACACAGGACGAUGUUCUGUUUGCACAUCUUACCGUGAGAGAAACACUUACUUAUUCAGCUCUCCUGCGGCUUCCGAAUUCGAUGAGUAAGCAGCAGAAGGAAGAAAGGGCUACAAAUGUCAUCCAUGAGCUUGGGCUUGAUAGGUGCCAAGAUACCAUGAUUGGAGGAUCUUUUGUGAGAGGGGUUUCAGGAGGUGAGAGGAAAAGAGUCUGCAUAGGGAGUGAGAUUAUUAUUAAUCCUUCCUUAUUAUUUCUUGAUGAGCCCACUUCUGGUUUAGAUUCAACAACAGCCUUAAGAAUUAUCCAGGUUCUUCAUGAUAUUGCAGAGGCUGGAAAGACAGUCAUAACUACAAUACAUCAGCCAUCCAGCAGACUCUUUCACAAAUUUGACAAAUUAAUUCUCCUCGGGAAAGGAAGCAUGCUAUAUUUUGGGAAGGCAUCUGAAGCUGUGGUUUACUUUCAAUCCAUUGGAUGCUCUCCUCUAAUUGCAAUGAACCCAGCAGAAUUCUUGUUAGAUCUUGCCAAUGGUAACAUAAAUGAUGUCUCUGUACCUUCAGAAUUAGAUGACAAGGUGCAAACAGAGAAGUUGGGAAGUGACACCAAGUGCGAUAAGCUGACACCAAAAGAUGUACACGAGUACCUGGUGGAAGCCUAUGAAACUCGAGUUGCUGACAGAGAAAAGAAAAGGUUAUUGAUGCCAAUUCCUAUUGCUGAUGAUCUGAAGGCAAAGGUGUUGUCACCAAAUAGAGAAUGGGGAGCAAGUUGGAGGCAACAAUAUUCGAUUCUAUUUUGGAGAGGACUCAAGGAAAGGCGACAUGAUUACAUGAGUUGGAUGAGAAUUACUCAGGUUAUUACAACAGCAAUCAUCCUAGGGUUACUCUGGUGGCAGUCAGAUGGCAACACAGUAAAAGGACUGCAAGAUCAGGCGGGGUUACUCUUCUUCAUUGCUGUUUUCUGGGGAUUUCUUCCAGUAUUCACAGCAAUCUUCACAUUUCCUCAAGAAAGAGCUAUGUUAAACAAGGAACGAGCAGUUGACAUGUACAGACUAAGUGCAUACUUCAUGGCCAGGACGACGAGCGACCUCCCAUUAGACCUUUUCUUGCCAAUCAUAUUUCUUCUGAUCGUCUACUUUAUGGCAGGAUUAAGACAGAGCCCAGAACCUUUCUUUCUAAGCAUGCUUACUCUUUUUCUCAGUAUUGUUGCCGCGCAGGGACUUGGACUUGCAAUUGGAGCUACCCUUAUGGAUAUAAAGAAGGCAACUACUGUAGCUUCAGUAACUGUCAUGACUUUCAUGCUUGCUGGAGGUUUCUUCGUAAAGAAAGUUCCAGUUUUCAUAUCAUGGAUCCGCUACAUGUCAUUCAACUACCAUACAUACAGGCUUCUACUGAAAGUGCAGUAUGGCCAUGUACCACCAUAUUUAAAUGUAAAUCACCUCGACAACGGUGUUAAGGAGGUUGGUGUAAUGAUUGCUAUGGUUAUCGGGUACCGACUCCUAGCAUAUAGUUCCUUAAGAUGGAUGAAUACCACAAAGGGUGCUUGAACAUUAGCCCUUUGGUAAAAUGUCACAAUACAACAAGAGAAGUUUCCACCAUCGUGUCCUUUCUACUACUCAACCAGAGCUCAUGCUUUUUGUUCUCAAUCAGAGAAUUCUACUAUAAAUGGCAUACAUGCCCGUUUUUUUCUUUUGUAGUUUUAUGGGUUUGUGAGCUAAGAAAUAGGCCUAUAAGCACAUGAUACGUUGCUCUAGUCUGAAAUAGAUGACAAGAUUUGAACUUUGUAAGAACUUCUAUAAACUCUUAGUCAGAUUGUAUGCAUCAACCCCUUUGCAAACAUCACAUUAGCAGGAGUCUCAUCUAUAAACACCCUUUUAGGGCUCUUAAGAAAAAA